CAGUGUCAUACAUAUAUUUCAUAUAAAACAAAGUACAUCGCAUAAUCACUUCGAACACUACUCGUACUGCUGCAAACUAUAUCAGCAGCAAAUUAGAAAAGGAAGUGAACCAGCAGCUGGUCAUAGUAUCAUAUCCACAUUGUGUUCAACUUUUUUCAUCAAGUACUGAUUAGUAGCGAAAAUUCCUAUUAGAGGCAGGCGAUCACAGAAGAGUACAAUACGUUGAAAAUAUUAGCUUCAUUCGAACAUAAAAUUGAGAACUUUAGCUUCGGACUUGAUCUUCAAUAAUACAUCGUCCAGCAUGUGCAGCGCAGUUUGGUGCAAGGCAAAAAGCACUAAGGAGAACAGAGCCGUGCAAGUGCCAAAGAAGGAGGAAAUUCGUAAGCAAUGGCUGGAAAAAAUCAAUCCGAAUUACACGGAAGAGGAUUUGAUAAAAGAACUGCGCGUGUGCCACCGCCACUUCAAGCCCGAGCAGCUUCACGUGGUAAGCAAGUACAAGAAGGUGCUUAAAGGCGAGCUCCCCAUGUCGUUCGAAGAAGAGCGUCUGUACUACCUCUACAUCGGUGACACACAAAUGAGCGAGACGCUCAUGAACUCCCCACCCAAGCGUGCUGGCGCUGGGCAGCGUUCCCAGACCAACCCCGUUCCUUUGCCUGCCGAGGCACCGUCUCUGCCCGAGGGCACCAGUGUGCAGCCGUCGUCCAUACUGAGUGACAGCAGUAAUAGUGUAUAUCAGAGCGUGCUGCAGGAGAAGAACGAUCGCAUCAAUUCACUGGUCAAGGAAUCUGCAACUUUCAUGGAUAAUAAUUCGAAGCUCAAGAUUGAGAACGAGAGACUGCGGUCAGCGCUGAUACAGAUGGACCGCAUGGCCAGACAACUGUUGCGUGAAGAUGAGGAGACGAUGUUAUUUUAAGAUACGAAUGCAGAUUUCUGUAGACGUGGUAUAGACCUGCACAUACGCGUUCUUAUAGACGAGCACAUGUAAUUAUAUAUAGACCUACGUAUUCACCCGUUCUUGUAGACAAGCGCAUGUAUUGCUAAUUAGACCUGAGCAUACACGUGCAUAUCCUACCGCACGAUUCUAGGGGUGUAGCCUUACGUAGAGAGAGGCACUUCCCUGUUUGGUUCAUCCGUUAGUAAGUGUUUCGUACUUUGUAGGUACCGAUGCCCUUCUGCCAGGUUGUCUUUUGCGUGCGUGCACUUGACCGCGGAAUUGCCACCGACCUAUCGAGUAUUGUUUAGACUUUGCGGUAGUUGUCGCUGAAGCAUAUCAAUAGCAAAUUGAAAUGAUUGCUUGUCUUCGCUGUUGCUGUGUCAUUCUCAACGGUAAAAGCAACGUGGUCGAACUGGACAAGGUGCUAUUGGCCGGGGAUUAGUGUUGCUUGAUUGGAACAGCGUGCCAUCUCCCGAACCAAAUCAUAGUUCGUAAAGUUACGGAGCCAAGUAGAAUACCCUCAGGAUAAGAGUUGACUUUGCCAACUGGGAAACGAAAAUAUGAGCCGAAUCUGGUACUUCUUGUGCCAGCUGAACCUACUUUCACAUUAACAACCGUAAAAGGGAGAGGAAGUCCGGCACCGCCGGUUACUGUAUCCGCAUUGAAAACUUGAUAAUCUUUCCUCGGCCAAAUUUAAAUAAAGAUGAUCUCAUAAGUUGA